CAACUUAUGUCUUUGACAACUCUAAGACAUAGUUUCGUAUUACGUUUAUUUACUUUUAGCGUGCAGUAAUGAGCAGCUUCUCUUUGAAAUAAUAACACUUUUAAUGUGAUGAAAAUAACUUUUUAUUACAGUAAUAAUGCACAAUUGUUACAUAGUUAUGUUACAUAGUUUUUAUAUACGAAAUCAUGAAUGGGGCACCUGCGUUACAUUUUCCCCGCAGAACAGUUAUUUUGGGUCUUUGCUGGGAGAAUGCCGCAGAUUUCAGGAAUUCCUAGGAUAGACAUUUCAUUGUGUGUUUGCCGGUAAAUAGCUGAAACUUCUUUCAUGCUAAAGAAAGAUCUGAAAACAUGUGUUACAUUGUGAAAAUAUAUUUUCUUCGUUCUUUGGCGAAAUCGGCAAAGAGUUAGUGAUCGGUGUUCCAGCAGACAGCAUUGUAUAGGAUACUAGGACUUCAGACCAAAAAAAAAAAAAAAGUGUUUCCUGUAGACGAUUGUGAAUUCUUGCCAAUUGCUUCUCUUGUCUGGGUGUCCGGGGCAAGGCUUUUGCAGGUUAGCAGGAGGUUGCACCCAGGUUGUCUGCUGGUCAUGGCAACCGACACAGUGAAGAUCGACGAUCUACAGAGGCUACGACGCUUUUUCUACCUUGGCAACGAUCAUGGCCUUUAUCGGGUGCGCGUGGGACCCGAACGGUGUCUGUCAGCAGAAUCAGCGCCCAUCGUGAACGAUUUACUGGCAAAGGGAAGAGGAGAAGAGGUUGUAGAGGAGGUCGUCAAGUUCCUCUCCGGUGACCGCACGUGCUGCACGAACCAUGCUCCAGCGUUGUUUACUCUCGCUAUGUGCGCACGAUUUGAAGACCAGUCGCAGACGACCAAGCAGGCGGCGGUGAAAGCUAUGGGCAAAGCAUGCAGUAGUACUGCCGACCUUUUCCAGUUUAUUUCUUUCGCUCAGUGCCUCAGAGAGUCCCGUAGGGGCUGGGGACGUUCACUUAAAAAUGGCGUACAGAGAUGGUUUGACAGCAAGACCAGUAUGGAACUUGCAGAAAUCGUGACACGGCAGAAGACAGGGAGUAAAUGGUCAUAUAUUGACCUGCUUCGUGUAACGCAUGUAGUUCCUAAAACAGAAGGUGCAAAGAUGAUAGUCAGAUACUUGGCUAGGAGCUUACAGGCAGCAGAAGAGGAGUUUGGUGGCGACAAGGCUAGUCCAGAGCUAAAAGAGACCCUGGCAUACCUUGGUGCUUUGGAACAGCUAAAGACGGAAAAAGACGUUGCAGUAGCUGUUGGGUUAAUAGAGGAAUACAAGUUUCAUCCAAAACAAGUAGCACCCCACCUGCAGCAGUUUGCACAAGUAGUUGCAGCAACAUUGACACAGGUCUCACUAGUGGAGCUGCUUCAUAACAUUGGUAACCUGGCUCGUAGAGCAUUGCUGGAGCCUGUGGAACCAGUAUCCGGUGACAUUGUCCAGCGCAUCCAAGAUGAAGAAUACAUCAGAAAAGAGAAGUUAUCUCCCAUAGCAGUAUUAAUUGCAAUGAGGGUAUAUGAGCAAGGAUCCUCUUUGAAAUGGACACGCAAUGGUGCAGUAGUAGAGGCCUUGAACAACGCCUUUGCCACAGCUUUGAAGUAUAAUGUGGAGUCGACUAAUAAACGAUACCUGUUGGCGAUCAAUAUUAACAAUCAGUUCUUGUGUUGGGUGCAUGGAGCUAGAGUGCUGUCUCCAGUCAUAGCAGCAGCUAGCAUUGCAGUCAUCCUGGCACACACUGAGAAGGAACCUACAAUGGCUUUUUUCAAUAAGGAAGUCAGACCUUUGUCCUUUAUAACCAGUGUGCAAAUGCCAGAAAUCUGUGAGAAGAUUGUCCAGUGCGCAACAGCUCCAGAGGCUGGCAGGAGUAAAUGUGACUUGGUGAUACCUAUAAUGUGGGCGCAAAAGGCCAGUGAACCCUAUGAUGUCAUUAUCAUCAUGACAGAUCAUCGUAACCCAAGUGCCUCUGCUGACUUAGCCACAGCUUUCAAGCAGUAUCGCAGCACCAUGAAGCUGCCACAAGCCAAACUGGUUGUAUGCAGCGUGACCGCAAGUCAUAUACAGUUUGCUGACAGCAGUGAUGCAGGCAUGCUUGACAUAGCUGGUUUUGAUGAGAGAGUUCCAGAUGUCAUUCACAAGUUUGUGACAGGAAUGCUUUAAUUUAUGCUUUGAUGUGUUUGAAGAUUCUCUGGCUUGCAUGGAAUGGUGAAAGAUAAACAGUGCAAGAACUAGCCAGUUGCAUCUGUGUGUGUAUGCAUGUGCAUUUGCACCUAUUUUGAGAGGAAUAGGUAAAGAGAGAUGUGGAGAUGGAUAUGAGAGCUUCAGUAGCAUCAGUUUACUCUGAAUGCUUGCAUUUUCAGACUAGCAAUGUUUGUACAUGUCUAAGUUAAGUGAACAAAAGAUUGACAUUCAUUGUUCUAAUUUUAAUACUCUUAUAAGCCACGUUCUGUAGCAAAUUGUUUUUCAUAUUUUCUAUUUCAAAUUUACUAGAAUGCCAAGUUGAAAAAGAUUUACUUUUUAUCUGCCUUUUACUCUUUAUGGAAUGACACAAACCUGUCUUAUUUAAUAAGAGAAUGCAGUGUUCAUCAAUAUUGUAAAUUCUGGUUUCUCUGCUCUUUUUUCCUAUUGGGUGAAACUUUAAAAUGGUUUGUGUUUCACAAAACUUGCUUUUUUUUUAAAAAUAGCUUUUCUGUGUUAGUUUUACAUAGAUUUAGUUUUCUUUUCUGUUACAAGUUUUUUCAUGCAUGCUAUACACUCUGUAAAAUACAGGGUCAGGCAACUGUUUCUAUGCCUAGAGGUAAGAGAACUAAACUUGCGCAAAGCUUUAUUGUUGAAAAAAACAAAGUGUACUGCAGAUGAGUGUCAUUACUUUGUCAUUUUCUGAACAAAUUCAAUUUGUUCAUGGCUAGUUUAAGUUUGCAAACUCCUGUGAGCAUUCUUAAUGUGUGUGUAUUUUCUGUACUGAUUUUUGUUUUUCUUUUCCAUUCCCUCCUUCCAUAAACUCAAGAUUUUUUUUUGUAUUGCAGAUGUUUGUGAAGCAGGGUGGGUAGAACAUUCAAGCACUGCUGAGCUUUCUUUAGCAGUCUUUUGUUGUACAUAUCCUUAGUCUGCAGAGAAAGUAAAUUUUGAAAACAUCUGUCAGAUAUACAGAUGAGCAGUUUAUGUCCUCUGACUCCCUACACAAUUCUCAUUUUAAAUCUGUUCAUCUACAUUUAGCUGUUCAUCUGAAGGCCACUCUGAACCCAUUCCUGUUCAUUUAAUAAGAAUUCCAUUAACUUAUUGUCAGUGUUUCUGUCUCACAGUUUCCUUUAUGAUCUUCAGUUACCUGCAUAAAGUCGCAACACAUUUUUUUUUCUCCCCCAUGCAUUGUUGGGCGGUCCAGUGGUGCAACAGUUAGCGCCUGUCACCAAUACUGUGAGGGUUGACUGUCUUGGGUUCAGCUGUCAUCUGGGGCACGCUGUUCUGUCUCUGCAUGUGGCAUCUAUUUACAGGGCUGGCUGCCUUGCCAUGAAAUAGCCUUAGUUGCUGGCUCGGUGUAAAACACCAACCCCCUUCCCCCAUGCAUUGUUGUCCUUCAUCAUUGGGAUUCUUUUUUGAAUUUGACUUACAUGUUUCAAUUUGUUUUGAUUUUUGCAUAGUUGAUGAUGUUGAAUAUGCUUUUGCUUGAAAGCAGUUUUUUGGAUUUUUUUUUUUUAUUCUGUCUUGUGGCUCCACAUGGGAUGAUCUGAGGUUUUCCAGAGUAGAUUCUAGCCAUUCUUUCAUGUUUUUCAGAGAGCUCUUCACUGUUGAUUAGAUGUGUUUGUGGUAUUUAAAUGCUUAGCUCUGUGUGUAUGUGUGCAUAUGCAAUGAACUGUUUUCCAUUUAUUGCAAUGGAAGUAGCUGUGUGCACUACAAAAGUAUGGACAAGGGAUUGUCUUAAGGAUUUUUUUUUUUUUUAUGGUAGAUCAAGUUAGAAUUACAAUUGUGGACUUGCAUAGAUAAAUCCAAAGAUAAAAUUGUGAAUAUGACCCUUUAAUUGACAGUGGCAAGAAUCAGGACAUUUUCUGGAAUAAGAUUGUGCUCUUUAUCCAGCUCGUUUUAUUGCAAGAGUUGCUUAUCCUUUAUGUAAACAGGAUUUUCAUAUGCAUGACAAGAAGAAUGACUGCAGGAUUGUCUACCCUGCUUUAUUGUUUACUGAGAAGUUAUAGUGGAGAUAAUUUUUUCUUCUGUUAAAAGGUUUCUUCCCUGUAUUAUAUGGCAGAGCAUUUAAAAGUUGUGUGAUUAGAGCAAAUUAUCAUUUUAAUAAGUUUGUGUACUUACAGGAUAGAGUAAUUAGGCAUAGAGGGUAUUUUGCCUUUUUUUUUUCAAACUAAUACAGAUGUCUUUUGAGCCAGUUUUUGUAGUUUGCUAAAAGUGAUGCAAUUAUUUCAGUGUCUUUAUUGUGUUACUGGCUUAAAGUGACAGAGUUUUCAUAUGCUAAUAACUAGAUAAGUAUAUAUAUUUAUUGUGUGCAAUAAUAAUGAUAUACAGUAUUUUCUGGUUAAUUGAGCCAUUCUGGAUUCGAGGUAGCCAUGCCUUUGGGACAAAUAGUGGACAAUAAAAACCCAGUUAAGAAAUCAUUUUGCAUCACUGCUGGACACAGUGUUGCUUUACCAAGAAAGUAACUGCCAUGCGGUUUACUUGUGGGUUGGCCCCCCACUCAACCGUACAUACUACUUGUUCACAGAUUUUUUUUGUGUCCUCAGAAUAGUGAACUGACUGAUGGCUUGUUUGUGAUUAUGACUAGCAGAUGCAUGUCAUGUGGGUUGAUUCACUCAUAAGCAAAUAAGCAUAUUUAGACAGCAUAGGGAGUUUAUAAACAUCUAUAAAGGUUCAGAACUGCUUUCUUGGUAUAAGGACUGCCGUGUGAUUUUAUUCCGUUGCAGAGUAAAUAGGGUAAUUCUAUAUUUGAUGUUUCCUCCGGUAUCAAACAAAUAUUAGGAACUACUCCAAAAAACUUCAGUUUGAUGAAAUGAAAUUUUUUCGUAUUUUUUAACUAGAAUUGACUCAUUUUUAACAAGUUGCUUAAAGGGACUAAAAGGGUUCUACCUAAGAGGAAUGGCCAGAUAACCAGAAUCUGCUGGGUAUUAUUUGGUGACUGAACAUUAUGGUGGUUAAACACCUGCUUCUUAAAAUGGUGUCAUUAACCAGUUAUUUUACUGGCACUUGUGUCUUGAGAGUACUUAUAAAAUACUUUACUGUUAAUAGGCCCUACAAAACUAUGCUCAAAGUGCCUUUGAAAGUUCUGUAUAUUAUAACAGGCCUUUAUUUUAGUCAUUUCAUAAAAUAAUUUAUAUUAACAGCAAAAAAUAUGUUUAUGAAAAUGUGUAUUUAUUCAUAUAUUUAUAUUGUAGUACCUUGAUAAAUGUGAACAAUCUUUGAGAUAUUCAGUCUGCAAGUGAGGCAGAUAUAAACAUCUGGUAUUUCAUUUUUUUUUCUUGGUGCUUCAGAGGAAGAAAACAGUUUUGUUAGAGAUGGCAGGUUUGGACUAAAUCUAUGAGAAUGUGCAGCUGUUGAAAUAUUAAGCAGCUUAACAUCUGAUAGACAUUAAUCUUCUCCAGAGACAGUAUAAUAUUUGAAUUUGUUUCCAACCAGUUUUGAUGGUAAAAUUGUUUUGGUGAACAAUUUUAGUGACUUUCAACAUAGCUCCAAUAAAAAGAAAAUUUCAGUUUCUAGUCAUUUGCGCCAGCAGUCUGGUGGCGCAACGGUUAGCGCCUGUCACCAAUACAGUGAAGGUUGGCUGCCCUGAGUUCAUUUCUCAUCUCGGGCACGCUUUCUCUGCACGUGGCAUCUGUUUACAGGGCUGGCUGCUUGCUGUAAUAUAGCCUCAGUUGCUGACGGCGUAAAACACCAAUUCCCCCCUUCUAGUCAUUUGCCCAAUAUGAAAUCUUCUGUUCUCCCAAUCAUUAUUGCCUCCUGAACUGUUGUUGAUUUUUAAUUUAAAGUGUUUUUAGAAAAUGUUUUGCAUGGCUAUUCCUCAUUCUCAUUUUUCCAUUUUGGUUCAAGUUUAUGACCUUUUCAAAGAACAUGCAAAAUUAUUUUCUUUUUGACGUCAUAUGAGCAGUUAAAAUUAUGAUCUGUAGUAAUUUUCAACCAAGCAUACAUUUAAGAUGGAUUUAUUCUUUAAAUGAAUGGCUGAAGUACACGUAAUUCAUUUUAUGCGUUUGCUUCUUUAGAUAUUGAUUUUUACUUUACUUUUAUUUUCAUUUCUAAUUUCUAUAGUGUGGAGAUAUUUUGGCAGGAAAUCUUCAAGUGGAAUCAUGUCACAGCUUACUGUUUAACUUAUGCUGGAGACACUCAAACUAACUGUUCAGGUUUAUGUUCACGAGAGAUAAAUUAUGACUUUCCAGGACUGGGAAGAUAGAGCCAAGAUCAAGUCAUUAAAUCGAGGGUGUGCACAUUCCCACAUCUAAGACUUACAUUCCUGCCAUCAACAUACAUUUAAAAGAGGAAUGUUUGUCUCAGGAAAAUCAUUGUAAUUUUAAUGAGUUGCAGGAUUUUACAAAACUGUUUGUGUAUCUGAACUAGUAUUCCACCUUAUUUUUCAGUGGCAUUAAAUUUGGUGAAGAAGAGAUUUAGUUCCAGAGGUAUUCAGCAGCACAUUUUACAUCUAGUAAAUGAGUUUUUGAUGCCAAUUACAUCAUGGUAAAAAGCUUGCAUCCAUUAGAUGUCUAAUAAGAUAGUGUCUGUUGAUGGUUUGGGUAUUUGGGAUGCUUUUAAUGAAGUGAUAGAAGACCAUUAAAGGUUAUAGUCUGAUCUAUAUUUGAAAAAAAUGCAAUAUCUUAGAGCUAAAUACAUUUUUAUUUGGGAUAGAAGAGUAUGCUUAUUUUAUGUUUGAUGAAGCGUUUUCAUUCCAAAUCAUUUUAAGUUUUCAACCUGAUCAUCAUUAUAGGAAGCAAGAAUAAAUUACUUAGAUUAACAAGGUGUGCAGUGGAGCUACGAGUUGGGUAGUUGAUGAUUAAAGGGAUGGUGUAUUGGGUGAUUGAGACAACUGUGUAGAAAACUUCAGUGUGGAAUUUAAGGGUAGGGCUGCACAUAGCACUGUAAGUGUUGAAAAAGCCUUUCAUUUUACUAGUCUAAAAAGGUCACAUAUUGUUCAGUGGUUAAAGAAGGCUGAAAACAGCAGCUAAAAUAAAAGAAAAAGAGAUGAAAACAAAUAUUAAUAAAUGUUCAGAGCUCAUCAGAAUAUGAUCAGUAUGUUGGUGAGCCAGUUUGUUAAAGUAAUACAAAUUGUGAAUUCGGGCAUGGGAUGUUUUACUCUCAUACCCAAAUCAGCAACAAGGAGGCUGUAUUCAGUCUGUCUGCUUUGGCUACUUCUGGAAAAGGCAAACUGUAUUCACCACUUUUCAUAUAAAUAGGUGUCGAAACUUCAGAUCACUGUCUCCAGUGACAAAUGUUACCACUGCAAGAAAAAAAAAAUUCCUGUCUUGUCAGUUGAUUUUCAUCAGCUGUACCUGUCACUUGUUGAUGCACCUUUUCCCACAAAGCCUUAGUUGCUAACACGAUAUUAAGCACCUACAACUAGCCACCUGAACAAUCCCUUUGUGAUGUUGAAGAUAUCUGAGAUUUCUAUUUUAUUUUGCUCUCUCCGAUUAGUUUGACUCCUUUGCUUUUGCUUCUUUUCACACUUCAUUUGUACAUAUGUAUUACAGAUUCUUGAUUGUAAUUUUCCUCCUUAAAAAGAUUUCUGCUUCUGCUGCAGACCUGCCUUGUUGCAGGUCUGGACAAGGUCACAAAGUCUCUUGCUGAGCUAAAUUUAUUAGUUCCUUGCACUGAAAAUUCCUUUUAAUUUCAAGUCAUUUGUCCAGUUUUGUGCAUCAUAUCCUGGUGGUUUCCAUGCAGUCUUCAUAUGAUCCUUUAAGUUGGGUGUUAAAACUGCACGAAGUGCUCAUCACUUAUGUGUAAAAUAUGUGCACAAGACUGCAGUCCAUUCCAGAAGUACUCCUGCUGUGUCCUUCAGCAGCACCAUUUACUCUUACUAUUUCAUUAUUUUCUUGGUCACACAAUCCUAUUACUAUACGCUGAUUUCAUACUUAAACCAAGAACUUGACCGUGCAAAGUCAUUAUGCUGCAGGCACAAAUGUUAUUUGUAACUUGACAAUAUUUUUGAAGAUUUUGUUAAAAGUAAAUAAUAGUGCCAUUCAAAAACAAAAUUAUAGCUUUUGGUAUUCUUAUUUGAGAAUUCCUUGCUGCAACUAGUACAUGCUUCUGGUUUAGACUGCUACCUGGUGGCUUCUUUGCAACUUUGUUUGGGGUUUUUGCAAUGUGUGAUUUUAAGGGCUUGUUAUGGUUGUGUUGUAUUUAUUUUUGGUUUCCUUUGUAUGCAUGUCACUGUGAAUGGUUGUAUGUACAUUCAUGGUAAAGUGAAUCUGCACAACCAGCCUUUGCAAAUCUGGGACACAAGUGCCAGCUGCCUGUCAAUAAAGUUUUAGAAGCAAA